CUUCAAAUUCCAAAGCGUCAAUAUCAAGUAACUUUCUCAUACUAAUCCUUUACGUCAGCAGUUUCUUAGAAGAUAUUUACGGUAUUACAUGUUAUUCCUGUUUCUUUGUUUGCCUGUUUGAGCAUUAUGAAAACGUAUAGCAAUAGAUUUAUUAGAAAUACGUUCAUGCAAAUAGUGUUUUUACUGCUACCGUCGUUGUUGGGUGCUCUCGAUUCGAGGAUUUUGCAAGGGCAGACGACCCCACGGAAUUCCAGACCUUUCCAGGUCGCUCUAUACUCGAGAGUGGGUGAGACAGGCGAGCUGGGCUUCUGCGGUGGGUCAUUGAUCCAUCCGCAGUGGGUGAUCACCGCCGCGCACUGCUGUUUUCACGACGGCGAGCAAGUCGACCGCAUACAGGCAGUCUUAGGGGCGCACAAUCUCUACGAUCGGUACGAGAACGGCAGGCGCGUCGUGAACGUGGAACACGUCGAGGUACACCCCGAAUGGGACUCUGACACGUUCGCCAACGACAUUGCGCUGAUGAGACUAGCCAACCUCAUUCAACUGACAGACACGAUAGACGUAGUCCGUCUCCCGUACUUACGAGUAGCAGAUUUUAACUUCGCUGGUCGAGGUGCCACUGUCUCCGGUUGGGGCAUAGCUACACCCGACGCACCGUUCAUAUCCCCGAUUUUGCGAAGCAAGCAGAUGACCGUCAUGACCGAUCAACUCUGCAAUAUUAACUACCAACAUUUUCUCCCCGACAACAUUGUAUGCGGAUUCAGUAACCGCGGUGGGACUUGCAAGGGCGAUAACGGUGGCCCAAUGACGAUUGUCUUCACGGACUCAAAUGAUCCGAAUACGGAAGAAACUAUUUUGAUCGGCGUAACGUCAGUCGUACAAGAGAGCGGGUGCAACGACUCCCUGCCGUCCGUGUUCACUAGAGUCCAGCGGUACUUGGCUUGGAUAGGUGAAAUCACCGGCAUUGUCAUCAAUUGAGUGAAUAACAUGUCUUUGAUUAUUAAGAUUUGUUCCUUACUCACCGCAUUCUAAACUCUUAUCUUCCGUUGUGUGGCGCUAUAAGUAACCAAGAAUUAAUUACCUUUGUACAUAUACGUGUACUACGUAUACGUAAUAAGGUAUCAUUAUUUGUAUAGAUCUUGUAAAAACUUAACCAAUUAUAUAUAAUAUAUAUAUUGUAAUAUAAU